AUGAGUGUCCGAGUCGUCGCGCGUAUUCGUCCCCUCCUCAAGUCCGAGCGAGACCUCGAUGUCAUCCUGCGGACAGGAUCCUCCGCCCCAGCCGACUCCAAAUCCCGACUGUCAAGUGUUGCCGACAAGCCCGAGAAGACCGACAAGAAGCUGGCGGCAUUGAGGGACAGGGACAAUGUGGUUCGCAUUCCGAACCCUAAGAAUGAGGGCGAGGAGUACGCUUUCCAGUUCAAUGGAGUAUAUGAUGCUGAGGUGUCACAGCAGGAACUGUUCGACGCAGAGGUCGCACCGACCAUUAAACACCUGCUGAACGGAUUCGACGUGACACUCUUCGCAUAUGGAGUUACUGGAACUGGUAAAACGCACACAAUGCGUGGUGGGAAAACACUGGCAGACCGUGGCGUCAUUCCCCGUCUACUCAGUGGUAUUUAUCGGCGCAGCAAGAAGAUUGAGAAGGACAGUGAGGGAAAUACGCAGGUCGCAGUUGCUCUGAGCUAUUACGAAAUCUAUAACGACAAGGUGUACGAUCUGUUUGAGCCACCAGAGAAGCGCACGAUGGCCGGCCUCCCUCUUCGCGACAACGGCGGGAAGACCGUUGUCUGUGGCUUGAGCGAGAAGCCUUGCACGAGUUUGAAGGAGUUCGAACAGCUCUACGACCAAGCCAACACAAACCGGUCCACCUCAGCCACCAAGCUCAACGCGCAUUCAUCACGAUCCCACGCCGUCCUUGGUGUCAAGGUUACGAUAACGUCGCCUGAGAAGGUUCGUGUCAGCACUGCUUCCGCCAUUGAUCUCGCAGGAUCCGAAGACAACCGGCGGACAGAGAACGACAAGGAGCGCAUGGUCGAAUCAGCAAGCAUCAACAAGAGUCUGUUCGUCCUAGCGCAAUGUGUCGAGGCUAUCAACAAGAAGCAACAUCGUAUCCCAUACCGUGAAUCAAAGAUGACGAGAAUAUUGUCACUGGGACAGAACAAUGGUCUGACGGUCAUGAUACUCAACCUUGCUCCUGUGCGAUCCUACCAUCUGGACACUAUCAGUUCCCUGAACGUUGCCAACCGCACGCGCAAGAUCGAGGUUCGCGAGGUGGAAAAUGACCCAAUGUUCAAGGGUCCCGCGCGACCAGCCCCGCGGCCAUCUGUGACAGGUGUAAGACAGCCCUUGCGUGCCUUGACAGCUUCUGUGAAUGUGAACAUGCCGGCCCCUGCCAGAGACCCUGCAGAGAAGGAUGAAGGCAAGCCAGUGAAAGCAUUCAGUGUGUACUCUGAUAAGCCACAGCCUAAGCUCGUCAACCAACUACGCAAGCCGGAUGCGCCGAAGCGCACUUCUCUUUCCAACACAGUUUCCCAUCUCCCAACAAAACCAGCCCGCCAGCCUCUUAGCUCUCAGUCUGCGCCUAGCCACGCCGAUAUUUCGGCUGCCAAGAUUGAGGAGAUGGUUGAGAAGAAGGUCGAGGCAAUCAUGGCCCAGCGAGCUGUGAGUGAGCAAUCGAAACAGUCUCAAAUUAAUGAGUUGAACGAGCAGCUUCAAAAGCGACUGGAACAGCUGGAACAGCGCAUUGAUGGCACGGAAGAUGCGCGCGCUGAAGGUCUUUCUUAUCUGCUGAUGGCUAAGCAACACCAGGCACGUGGCGAGGACGGCUCUGCGCUCAGAAUGUACCAACUUGCCGCCCCUCACUUCCCUCACAACACGAAGCUGGCAGGCAAGAUCGCCACCCUCAAGGAGCGUGUUCAUGCCAAGGCCUGGGAGCAAAAAGCUCCUUCUCCCAAGGGCAGACUUGGAAGCAUGCUGUCGCUGAAGAAGGAGCCAACAAAGACCAUCGGGAAGCGUGGGGCCGAGGACUUUGAAGAUGAUUACAUGGAUCAGACUCACGGUUUCUCAAGUGACGAGGAGAUGCCUCGCCGCCAGCACAAGAAACGCGCCUCCGCAAAGCUCUCUCAAAUUGAAGAGAACCCCGAGUUCCUCGAUAACGAGGAUCCAUCCGUCUCCCCUCGCACUUUACAUCUGCUCUCCAUCAUCAACUCGCGGGAUGUGAGUCAGAUCAAGCUGCUUAAGGGAGUGGGUGCCAAGAAGGCAGAGGCACUUGUCGACUGCCUCUGCGAGAUGGACCAAACAACAGAUGCCGACAGUGGGCUUGUGUCAGAGCCUCAGUUCCAGGUCAACAGCCUGGCGCAACUGAGUCAACUGAGGGGGGUUGGAGUGAAGACUGUAGAGAACAUGAGACAGGGAGUUUUGGCUUGA